CUGAGAUCAGUAGCAAGGUGGAGAUAUUAAGGUUGGAUACAAAGUACGUGUUGGAUGUAUGGUAGGAUCAUGUCGCAAAUGUGAGAAUUGUAGCGUUGAUCUCGAGAAUUACUUCCCUCAUAAGAUUCCUACAUACAACGGCUAUAACUCAGACGGAACCCUCAAUUUUGGAGGUUACUCUCACAUAAUGGUAUUUGAUGAGCAUUUUGUACUAUGUUGUCCUAAAAACUUGUUGAUGGACGUUGCUCCCCUGUUAUAUGCUGGAAUUACUACUUAUAGUCCUUUGAAAUAUUUUGGACUCGAUAAGCCUGGAAUGCACAUUGGUGUUGUUGAUCUUGGAAGGCUCGGACAUAUGGUUGUUAUGUUCGCUAAGGAAUUCGGAACCAAAGGUACAUUCAUUAGUACAUCUGCUAAAAAGAAUCAAGAAGCAAUUGAACGUUUAGGCGCAGACUCUUUCUUGAUCAUCCGCGAUCCCAAGCAGAUGAAGGAUGUAACGAACACAUUGGAUGGGAUCAUGAUCAUCGACACAAUUUCCGUUGUGCACUCUAUUCUUCCAUUGCUUAUAUUAUUGAAAUCUCAUGGUAAGCUUGUUAUGGUUGGUGCACCAGAAAACCCAGUGGAGUACUUGCCCGUGUUUGCUCUAUUUAUUGGAAGGAAGCUAGAGGCUGGAAGUUGCAUAGGAGGUACGGAAGAGACUUAAGAAAUGUUGGAUUUUGCUGCAAAGCAUAACAUAACACCAGAUGUUGAAGUCGUGACAAUGGACUACCUGAACACAACGUUGGAAUGUCUUCUGAAAGUGGAUGUGAAAUAUCAUUUCUUGCUCGACAAUGGCAAUACAUUGAACAAGAAUGAGAAUA